CGUGGCCAGCUCCCGGCGCGGCGCUUGUUUUGUUUUUUCCGUGGCCUGCCUCGGGCAGCUGCGGCUCGCGCGACUUUCCUGCUUUGGGGACCGCACAUAUCUACCCUCGGGCCCCUUCCUCAGGCUUUCGUCCCGCAGUUCUGCACGCCCCUCGGGGCUGGUUUCCACCAUGCCGCUGCGGCGCUGCAGGAAGGGAAGACAUCUUUGACACAUCAGUUUGUGGAAGGCGAGUUCUUGGAAAGCUACGAACCCACAGUGGAGAACAGUGAGUAGAAGAUAGUGACUCUUGGCAAAGAUGAGUUUCACCUGCGUGUGGUGCACACAGCAGGGCAGGAUGAGUACAGCAUUCUGCCGUAUUCCUUCAUCAUUGGUGUCCACGGCUAUGUGCUUGUGUAUUCUGUCACCUCUCUGCACAGCUUCCAUGUCAUUGAGAGUCUGUACCAGAAGCUACACCAGUACCAUGGGAAGACCCGGUUGCCGGUCAUGCUAAUAGGGAACAAGGCAGACCUUCGUUCAGACAGAGAGGUACAGGCAGUCCAAGGAAAGAAAAUGGCAGAGUCCUGGGGUGUAACAUUUAUGGAGUCAUCUUCUCGAGAGCAUCAGGUCUGACUCAGCAUCUUCAUCAGAGUCAUCCAGGAGAUUGCCAGUGUGGAGAACUCCUCUGGGCAGGAGUGCCAAUGCUGUCUCAUGUGAAUCCUCUGGCAUACGGUGACUGCCCCACUUCUGCCCUUGGCACCGGUUAGGCUCCAGUGGGGGCAGACCCUCAGAACUUCAUGGAUAUGGUUGCCAGUGUGUGUGGCCUUAUGGGCACACAGUGUGGCACCCUCCUACUUGCACACUUUGCCAGGCUUCAGGGGCCAGGGUGUCAGUGUUUACAAAAGGGCAGAGGUGUGUCAUGGGCCCUGGUCCUAGUCCCAUUUCUGCUAAAUGAAUUGUGUUAUAAUAUGCAGAAAGUAUUUGAGUCCUGUGCAGUGUUUAUCUAGGGCUCAUUCUCCUGUGUAGGUUUCAGGUGCUGGGUGGGUAAGGAAAGCUAGGGACUCCUGAAAGAGAGCUGGCUCCUUGGGCUGACAAUGUA